AUGUUGAUGAGUGCUCUCUCUUAUUCCAAUUCAAAGAGAGCAUGUCUAUUAACAUUUCAUGGUUAUUCAAAGGUUGCUUCAUGGAACCUCAAUAGAUCAGAUGGUGUGAGAAAUUGCUGCUUAUGGGAUGGGGUCGAGUGCGAGUUUGGUCAUGUGAUUGGGCUCAACUUGAGCAACAGCUUUCUUUAUGGCCCCAUCUCUUCCAACAACACUCUCUUCACCCUCAUUCACCUUCGUACACUAAACCUUGCUGAUAACGAUUUCCGUUCCUCUCAAAUUCCUUCUGGAAUAGGACAACUCUCACAGUUAGAAAAUCUGAAUCUGUCAAAUUCUUGGUUCAGUGGGGAGGUCCCAAAACAAAUCUCACAGCCUCAGAAAUUUAGGGUUAACAUUGAUUCUGAGCUACCAGCUUCAAUUGGGAAUCUCACACACUUGAAUAUCUUGGAUUUAAGAAGUUGCGGUUUCAUUGGGACUCUACCUACAUCUGUAAGAAACCUAACACGGCUUACAGUUCUGAGUCUAGAAGGUAACCACAACCUUACCGGCUAUAUCCCCGAGUUUCAUGGUAGUAGUGAACUUAAACAACUGAUUGUGGCUGGAACAAAUUUUCAAGGAUCCAUACCAGAUUCAAUUGGGAAUCUGAGAAACUUGAAUAUCUUGGAUUUAAGAAGCUGCGGUUUCACGGGGACUCUACCUGCAUCUUUAAGCAACCUGGCACAACUUACAGUUUUGAAUCUUAUGGGUAAUAAAUUUACUGGUAUCCUUCCGUCGUCUAUUGGGAAUCUGACUCAACUUCGAGAACUGUUGCUCAUGGAAAAUGGCAUGAGCGGUCAAAUACCGUCCUCUUUUUCGAAUCUGACACAGCUUACACGUCUCAUGCUUUCUCGUAAUAAGUUCACAGGUAGCCUUCCCUCUUUAGAAAGCUUUUCAAACCUUACAUAUUUGUCCCUCUCCUACAAUAAUUUUGAUAGAUGGAAGCUGCCUGAUUGGUUUGGUAAGCUAAACAAGAUCACUGAUUUGAUACUCUAUGAUGUCAACUUGUAUGGUGAAAUUCCAUCAUCGUUUUUUAAUCAGACCCAAAUUGAAAGGUUAUAUCUUUCCAGAAAUCAAUUAAAAGGGGAACUUCCAAGUUCAUUGUUGAAUCUCCAAAAUCUAGAAGAUUGUGAUUUGGAUGGUAACAAUGUCACAAUGGACUUUGAUCUUUUUCUUUCUCUUAAGAAACUUGAAUAUCUUAAUCUAAAUGGAAACAAUAUCACACUUUCAGUCACACAUAACAACACAAAUGAAACUCAACCAAAGUUUAAAAGUUUAACGUUGGCAUCAUGUAACUUGAAAGUCUUUCCUGAAUUUCUACGGUCUCAAAAGCAACUGAAUAUUUUGUACCUUGAUAACAAUAAUAUUGAGGGCCUGAUACCCGGAUGGAUGUGGAACAUUAGCAAGGAAACACUCAGAGAACUUUCGCUUACUGGUAAUCUCCUAAUGGGUUUUGAGCAACAUUCACCGGUUGCUCCUUGGGUUAGUUUACAAACAAUAGACCUGAGUAACAACAUGCUGCAUGGAUCGAUCCCAUUGCCGCCGCCGACCACCGAGAAUUUUCUUAUCUCAGACAAUAUGCUGUCUGGAGAAAUUCCAUCAUCCAUAUGCAACUUAUCAUCUCUCCAGUUGCUAGAUUUGUCCUUCAACAACAUAACUGGCUCGAUUCCUCCUUGCUUGGAGCAAUUAAGUAGUUCUUUGGUAGCAAUGAAUCUUAGAAGCAACAGUUUGCGAGGAACCAUUCCCAACAUAUUCACCAAUGAAUGUAAGCUUAAGAUUAUUGAUUUAAGUUACAAUAAACUAGAGGGGCGGGUACCUAGAUCCUUGGAGUACUGUGACUCACUCCAGAUCCUGGAUAUUGGGCAUAACUUUAUAGAGGAUAUGUUCCCCUUUUGGUUGGGAGCACUUUCAGAGCUACAAGUUCUCAUUCUAAGGUUCAACAAGUUUCAUGGUAUUAUAAGAAUACCAAGUGAAUCCAAAGUCAACUUCCCGAAGUUACGCGUCAUUGACCUCUCAUACAAUUCAUUUUCUGGUGAUUUGCCACAUAAGUAUUUCCAGGAGUGGUUUGCAAUGAAGGAGACCAAGGUGAAUGCAACAUAUAUUGAGGUAGACAACACAGUUCAAGGCUACUUGUCGGAUAUUUCUUGGUUCUCGAUUCAAAUGACUAACAAAGGUGUGGAGUUGGAGUAUGGGGAACUUAUAAACAUCUUUUUUGCGGUUGAUCUUUCAAGUAAUACGUUUAGCGGAAAGAUUCCAGAGUCUAUUAAAACCCUCGGUGGUCUUAAGUUGCUCAACCUCUCGAAUAAUGAACUUUCUGGCAUCAUCCCACCAUCCAUGGGGAAUCUCACAAAUCUUGAAUCAUUGGAUCUUUUAAGUAACAAGCUCUCUGGAAUGAUACCUCAAGAUUUGGUACAACUGAAUUUUCUUGUCGUCUUCAAUGUAUCUAACAAUCACCUCACUGGAACCAUACCACAAGGUAGACAAUUCAAUACCUUUUCGAACAAUUCUUACAUGACAAACCAAGCAUUGUGUGGAUUCCCUUUAUCCAUGAAAUGUGGGGAUUCGGAAGAAUCAAAGCCUCCAAAAGUUUCACUCGAAGAAGACACCGAGUCUAACUUCCCUAGUGGAAUUGACUGGGUCGUUAUACUUAUCGGUGUUGCAACUGGGCUAGUGAUUGGAACUUUUUGUGGGGAUUAUCUAACCACAAAGUGUUACAAGUGGUUUUCUCAAAGAUUCAGAAUGCGAAGAAUGUGA